UUUACUUGCAGCUUUGGACCCUUUACCGGGGCAUGUUCUUCAUGUCCUACCACACCAUUAUAUAUUAUCAUGACUUACAUUGCCCUUUUACGCACACCUUUCCUCACUGUCUUCUCAGUUCCUCAUCUUUUCCAUUAUCCUCUUUCUCCCUCACCCGAUCUCUCUCUUCACUGAUCUGCACGGCCAACCUUCCAUAAAACGAAGGCUUUUCUUUUUUCAAUCUGGUUCAAGAAGGAAUUAAUGCAUCAUUAAGAGAGGACUCUCAGCAAACAUUCAACCCGAUUGGUUCCACUUCUGUUGAUGCCACGAGACAUGAAUCUGUCCAUAAAUGGUCAGUCCCAGGUUCCCCCAGGCUUCCGCUUCCAUCCGACCGAAGAAGAGCUCCUCCACUAUUACCUGAGGAAGAAAGUCGCCCAGGAGAAGAUCGACCUCGAUGUGAUCCGCGAAGUUGAUCUCAACAAGCUCAAGCCGUGGGAUAUUCAAGAGAAGUGCAGAAUAGGGUCGACGCCACAAAAUGAUUGGUACUUCUUCAGUCACAAGGACAAGAAGUACCCGACAGGGACUCGGACAAACCGAGCGACUGCAGCCGGAUUCUGGAAGGCGACAGGGCGCGACAAGAUAAUCUACAGCGGGUUCAGAAGGAUUGGGUUGCGGAAGACCCUGGUGUUUUACAAGGGGCGUGCUCCACAUGGACAGAAGUCGGACUGGAUCAUGCACGAAUACCGGCUAGACGAGACUCCAAGCAUUGAUCCGAGUGCUCUGAAUCCUACAGUCGAUCAGUUGAGUACAGAAGAAGGAUGGGUAGUAUGCCGAGUUUUUCGGAAGAAGAACUUCCAGAAAACCCUAGACCACAGUCCCAAGAGCUCAUCCUCCACCUCCAUGGACUCAAAACUCAUCCACAACCUCAGCACCACAAACAACCUUAAUAUUAACAACAUCAAAGACAAUCCUAGCAGUGUCCUGGACCAGAUUCUCCUCUACAUGGGGGAAAGAAACAGUGCGUGCAAGAUCGAGACUAGUCAACCCCGAAUGCCUGUCACACUCGACCCUUCCGACUACUGCGACACAGUCUCCAGCAUCAAGCUUAUUCACCAGCCUCUGCCCGACCUCCACGAACGGUUCAUGCACCUCCCGAGGCUCGAGUGCCCAGCAACCCUCCCUUCCAUCUUCCCCACACCACCACUUGAUCAACACAACGUCCAUCAGCCGUUCGAUGAGUUGACUGAUCAUAAUCAAGAUCAGUCAACGCAGUCACUCACAGUUGGAGACUGGGCUGCGUUCGACCGGCUUGUUGCUUCCCAGCUUAACGGCCAAGCAGAGACACCAAGCGACUCGGCCUUUGGACUCCAGCUAGCCAAUGAAGAAGAGGAGGAAGAAGAAGAAGAAGAUGCCAAUGAAGGGCAGGUCCCAUCGAUUCCGAGGUUCAGAAUAAGCAGGCCUCAUCAUCAGAAUCUGCAACCGUACAACGGGAACGAAAACGCCGAUUUGUGGAGCUUCACCAAGUCUUCAUCGCCGCAGCCAUCUGACCCCUUACGCCACUUAUCGGUAUAAUCAACCAUAGAAGCAUUCAAAACCAUGUCAUAGAUACAGUUAAAGUCACGAUCAAUAAAACUCAAUAUAGUAUACGUUUGAAAGAAUACAUGAUCACCAUGUAUAUUCUAAAUGAUUACAGUCUGUGAUUAAUCUUAUCAUAUCACAUGAAUAGAAUUAACAUCUGAAUAUUCUAAUU